AUGGCGAACGGCUGGGCACCAAUCAUCGGCCUCAUCGUCACCGUCAUCUUCUGCGGCGCCGCCUGGUUCCUAGCUCCCAAAGGCGAGAACCAAACGGUCUGGCGAUCUACACUCGUUCUCUCUGCCGCGGCCAUGUAUAUCAUGUGGGCGAUUACUUUCCUCGCACAACUUCAUCCUCUUAUCUCGCCUGUACGAAACGGUCUGCGACCGGAAUACAAUGGAGGGCGUUAG